UAACAUGAGCUAUAUGAUCAAAGAUUCUUGUUUUAGGGCUGUUAGUGAUUGUUGAAAGAUGUUCAAAUCUAGCGAUAGCUUUAGGAAAUGUUGUCGGAUCAGAUGUCUCUUGAGUUGAAGGUUUUCGUAGAUGUUCCUGUCAACAGUACUGUCGGUGUACCUUAAAUGUCACAUUUGGGGUGUUUUUGAGCACAGGGGCAGGAUGAGAGCAAAGGGGGGCUGCGUAACCACAGCAGAUACGCUGAACGUACCACCAUCACGACUGACAUCCUGUCUUACCGUACGGCUCCAUCUCACUCAACCUCGAGGAAAAGCUGCUGCUCUGCACCUCCACAUUCUUCUCUGCAGGGUUCUGCUGGUGUUUGGUUCAGAUAUGGGCAGUAAAGCGCUACCGGCCCCGGUCCCACUUCACCCGUCCCUGCAGCUCAACUACUCGUUCCUGCAGGCGGUCAACGCUUUCCCCGCGGCCGUGGAUCAUCUGCAGGGGCUGUACGGGAUUGGUUCGAUUCAAACCAUGCACAUGAACCCCUGGACUGUGGGUUACCCUCAAGUUCAAGGCCUCGUGGACCCCCGCUUUCCGUUUCCCGCGGCUCUUCCUUUCGCCGCGCACCUUUUUCACCACAAACACGGAUCCGUGGCGCGCGUCAUUCCCGCGCUUCACAAGGACAGACCCAGAUUUGACUUCGCCAACCUCGCAGUCGCGGCCACGCAGGAAGAUCCGCCGAAACCCGGUGAGAUCUCCAAACUGAGCGCCGAGCUGAGCAAACUCUCUCCGGACAGAAAGCCCACGCGCGGGAGACUCCCGUCCAAAACCAAAAAGGAAUUUAUUUGCAAGUUUUGUGGGAGACAUUUCACAAAGUCCUACAAUCUGUUGAUCCACGAGCGCACGCACACGGACGAGCGGCCGUACACCUGCGACAUCUGUCAGAAGGCCUUCAGGAGACAAGACCACCUGAGAGACCACAGAUACAUUCACUCCAAGGAGAAACCGUUCAAAUGUCAAGAAUGCGGCAAGGGAUUUUGUCAGUCGCGAACGCUGGCUGUUCAUAAAACGUUGCAUAUGCAGGAAUCUCCUCACAAAUGUCCCACAUGCGGAAGAACCUUUAAUCAAAGAAGUAACCUGAAAACUCACCUUCUCACCCAUACAGACCUCAAGCCUUUCUCCUGCGGCCGCUGCGGCAAGGUGUUUCGACGCAACUGUGACCUGCGACGCCACAGUUUGACACACACACCGCAACAGGACUUCUAAUAAACAAACACACAGCAAACCCUCUUAUACAUGACUACGUUUCAUGGGCAAGAAAUAAGGAGGCAUCAACAAAAGGGACAAGAUUGCACACAAACAGACUCUAUGAACUCUAUGAAUGUAUAUAAUGUCUUUAUUCUCAUUUUUUUUGUUUGUUUGUUUGUUGCAUUUUAACUCAAAGUCGUUCAAACAUCUGUGUUCACCUCUUGGAAAAUGAAGUGUAUAAAUAAACCAGAUUGGGCUGAUCUCCUCA